AUGGUGUCCCACGGAGCUCAAUACCACCACUACAUCCCUCGCUUUAUCCUAAAGCAAUUUGCACAUACAAACAUCGAAACAAAGGGACAGUUUCGCCUCGGAGAAGUCGGCAAGACUUGUGGCGCACAAAAUCUCUACUACAACGUGGACGACAAUGAUCCGAUGAGAAUCGAACAUCUCUUCAGCAAGCUAGAGUCCAAAACUAGCUCGAUUUUCGCCAAAAUCAGAACUGCCGUAACCGAAGGUCUAGAGCACAUCGACAUCCUUGAGAAGGACAUUCAUAUUCUCUUCAAGUUUAUAAACCUUUCCCUCAGGCGCUCCAAGCAAUACAGAGACGAGCUCAAUAAUCCUUACCGCGAGAACGACUUCAUGUUUCAACACCUAUUUGAAACCUCGAGGAAGAGUGGCCGAUCAGGCGAGCCGGGUCAAUUCUGGCUCGAGCACCUGCUCUAUCUUCUGAAAACUGAUCAUGAGGACCUCCUCACCGAUGCUGCAAGAACAGACAAUAUGGGGCCUGAAGACACUUACAAACACUUCAUCGAGAGCUACGCUCUUCAGAUCUGGAAAGCAGCCGAUGGUUACGAGUUCUUCCUCAACGAAAGACUAGUCGACUUCGAAGGUGAUACGCAAUCCUUCCUGGGAGCAGAAGUGAAAGAAACGCGGACGCAACUGAUAUGGAUGACUACUGAAGACAUGAUUCAUCUAAUACUUCCCAUCAGCCCGGAAGUGGCUGUCAUCUUUUGCAAUGAGUCACGGUGCUGGGAGUCCCCUAUCGCUGACAGUAUGCAUCGACUCAAGGAGCCGUACCCCCAGAAUAGCUUGUUGGUAAAGGCACCACACAAGGAUAUCACCAAUGUCUAUGUACCAAGUAGGAAGAGAGGCAGGAAGUCCUGGCCCGAAACGAUGGCGUGGCGAGUAAAUAUCGGCACCCUGACUCAACCUCACCAUCGAAUAAUUGCAUCCUACUCCCUUAGUCACGCUCAGUCAGUUAUCAUUGUCCGAAGCAGAGCACGAUUUGAGAGAGCGAGAAGAGAAUUGGAGAUGUUUAAUAAGGAGAGAGUGGAGUGGUGGCAGAGCAUUGGUAUUCGGUCUGGGUAUCGUGAUGGCAGGCGGCAAUGCAGAGAAGGAGUCACACAUCCUAUAAAGGACCAAAUGGACAGGAUAGUAGUCGAACACAUGACUGCGUUCGAUGAGGUUGUCAACAUCAUCAACACAACUCACGAAGAACUACAGAGGACCAAGGAAAAUGGGCUAAAGUCAUGGCUAGCAUUCCGCACGUCCGAGGCUAUUAUGACUUCUUCAUCGAGAUCGGAUGACAAGUCCUCUUCUUUCCGCAUCAUGCACCCGGCUCUCAAAGCAGCUUUUGAAGCUGCCUAUCCACCAAAACAUCCGGCCCAUAAGGACCUUGUUACUAUUGACUUUGGGGAAUUCCUCGGUCACGCCAUUGGCGAUGAGAUGUUUGCUAAGCUGUCUUUCGAGAUCAAUAAGAAGAUCAAGGAAUUGGUCCACACAUAUGCCUUUCACUCUCACUCUGGAACCUUUGGGGAGUCCUCUCGGCCUCCUGCGAAUUCUUUGCUCGAAGAAUGCAUGGACGAUCUCAACGAACAGCCUAGUUGUCAGAAAGAUAUCCUUGAAAGUCCAUCUUUCGGUUCGGUUUUCAGGGCAGCCAUUGGUUUUGAUGUCCUGAAAUGGAUGUUUGAAGAACGGCAAGAUAUCUUAGCAACUUCCAUAAAGCAGAUUGCGGUGCCUAUGGAAGCUAUGCAUCCCCGAGUUUUUCGGAUGCGUGCAAGGCGAGAAUAG